AUGGCAAACACAGCCAGCAGCAAUAAUACCAGUGGUCUUCCUGUCAUCCCACUUUCUCCUAUUGCUCAAUCCUACAUCAUAUGUUCUAAUGCUCUCAACCUUGCUACUGAGAAACUAACAGAAGCCAAAAAAGCCAAUCCACCUGUCCAGGUAGGCGUGCUUCGAGGCUACCUCGAGACUUCCAAAGUAGAGGCCCACCGCCUUAAUGCCCUGACCCGCAAGAUGCAGUCUGUAGAAGCAGCAACACCUCUCUUUUGGGAUUCAGAUGGUCUUGCUCGUCAAAUUGCCAUUAUGAAUGCUCAGCUAUUCAACCAAGUCUUUCUAGACAAACGAUCCCUUCUACAACUGGACUUACAUCAGACCAAACUGGUUCAUCUGGUCGAUUUUCAUCAUUACUUGAGUCACAGUAUGGCUCACCAGCUUAUUUAUUGGGCCGAGCUGUUGAGUAACAAUAGUGCUGCCUCUGCUGUCGUACCACCUGUCCAUGCCACCAAAGAUAGCCUUGUCACUCAUCUGGUACGUGUGGCUUAUUUGCUGUUGCAUGCCUACCGUGAUUUUUCGGGUUUUGCAGCCAUCAUGAAAGCCUUGACGUUUCCUGAAGUCAGGCGACUGAACAAGAAGUUAUGGCACGGUGCAAGUUCGCGCACCAAGGACAUGUUUCGUGAGUUGGCUCAGAUCAUCUCGCCCGCCAAACACUAUGAAGCCUACCAUCAUGCCCUCAAACACAAAUUAGAGCAGUACCAUACACCUUUGCCCGGUAUGAUUGCUGUGCCUUGGGUCCAUCCUCACUUGGUCUCGAUUCGGUCGAUUGUGACGGCCUAUACAGCCGGUGAUGAAGACACCCACCAUUUAGGCGACGUGGUCUUGUCUGCACCGGGCGCGCAUAAGCUCGAUAUGGUCUUGGCCAUCCUGGAGCUCUGUCAGCUCAAUGCGCCCAGUGGCGAUGUGACAGCAGACGAUGUCUUAUCUACACAGACGUAUCCUAACCGACGUAGUUCUGUUGCACAUUCAAAAGCGAUUCAUGUAGAGGGGUUACGUGCUGCUGUGAUUCCUGUAGCCAACCUGAGCCAUUUAGCACCCGGCGAUCAACUCACACAGCAUUGGUUGGUCUCUCGUGUCUAUUUGCGUAAAGAUCAGCUGAUCAAUGAAAGUAUUGAAGUCGAGCCCUUAAAGAAGAAUGAGACGAUUGCUUGCGAAGAUGAUUUUGGAGAGACCGGUCGGUAUCAGUCAGUCAGUCAUACGACGUCAAGACGUACCAGUCUUGUUCCACCACCACCACAGGCACGUACUGCUUCUGUCUUGGAAAUGACAGAACCUGAAUUUCAACCCUCACCUAAACCACGACGACAACGACAAGAAGAAGAAGAGAGUAGUAGUAAUACUAGUAAUGAUGAUGAUGGACCUUCUAUUGAAGAACAACCUAAAGUUAUACCAGAGGAACCUAUCAAAGAAGAAGAAGAAGAAGUAACAAAACCAGUGAUUGAGACGGAACCUGUCCAACAAGAAGAACCAGUGGCUCAACCUUCUGUCUUGUCUACUUCUACUACAGAAAGUAAACAACAAAAAUCCAGAUUAUCACCCACAGCACCUGAAUUUGUACCCAACAAAGUUUGUUCUGUCAUUAAAUCCGAAAGUACAUCUACAGAUGAAAAAUGGCUUGGUUAUCCUAUUCAAGAAGAUGAUGAUGAAGUAGUUACCUUGACAACGACAUCUGAUUCCGAGAAAUGGGUAGGUUAUCCUGCUCCUGCUACAGAUGAAGAUGAUGAUAAAGUGGUCUGGAAAGGAUAUCCUGGACCUAAUAGUAGCACAGAUAGUCCUCGUCGUGCUUCAUCACAAUCAGAGACAUCAGAAGAAUGGAAAGGAUAUCAUGCUACUAAAAUGGAAGCUGAUUGGCAAAGAGAAAGUGCACUUAAAGUACAAGAACAUGAAUGGCAAGGUUAUACGCUAGAGACAUUGGAUGAAGACGAGCUUGAUUCAAGCACAAUGAUGGAUGGUGAAUUUGAAAAGUCUCGGCAGGCUCGGGGACGGCAACAAAAAGAAAACUUUUGUAGAAAUAAAUAA